CCUUCCCGCCAGCCUCCGCAGUCUUCCUUAGUGAAGAGGGAAGGGGCGUGAAAGGCCUCAGCAGCCGCCCCUAGAGCCACCUGACGCCCACCUCAGCGCUACUGUGCCCCCGAAGUGGGUCCCUGGCGCUGCGACGGGGACAUGGAGCUGGGCGGCGUGUCCGUUCGGUCCUCCCCCAAGUCUCCCGCAACCCCGAGGUCGUGUAGCCGCUCGAGGCUCAAUGCGGCCCAAUGUGGUUCGGGGGGCAGGGAGAACCGCGGUGACAGAAAUCAGUCAAUUACAGAUUUCUUCAAACCAGUCCCAAAGCAAGAUAGACUUGUGUUGAACUCGCCACACAGGACAGAUCCUAAAUCUGGAAAAGGUGGAUUAUUAGACACUGCUGUAAGACAAUUUGAAAGAAAAAUAUCUUCAACAGAGAAUAUGUGUAAAAUGAUGCCAACUACACCACCGACCAAGAGUCUUAUUACGGAGACUUGGAUGAGGGAAUUUCAAGAAAAAAAAGGUCAAAGAGAUGCAUCUGAGAGAAACCAACUUCCUGUGGUACAAAAAACCCAGUCUUCAGUGGUUGAAAAAACCCUUAUUUCUACUUCACAUCAUUGCUUGUUGAGGAAUGAGAUGAAGGACCCAAGGGAGGAAGAAGGAUUUCCAAUUAAAAUAUCAUCAUAUAAUCAUGGAUACUUUAGGGAGAAGGCUGAAUGCACAGAUCAAAACAAGACAAUUACAGAUGCCCCAAACUUGGUUUCAUCACUAGAGCUUGAGAUUUGGAAAAACAAUUCCAGCAAAAUUAGCAGUAGAAAUGACAUAUCCAGGUGCCAGCAAUCAAAAUGUUCUGUGAAAAUGCAAGAGGAACCAGAAAAUGGAUGCCACUCAAGAAAAAGAUUACAUUUUGAUUCACUGGAGGCUGCUUCAGGGGCUGAAUCCUCUGGGGUAUCAAAUACUAAAACGUGCAUGGUUUCAUCUUCUAAAAAAGGGAAAUUGGCCCCCUUACCUUUAAUUACACAUGAUUCUGUGUCAUCCUGGAUCAAGAAACAAAGAGAGAGGAAUUUCAAAAAUAUCAUUACAUCUUCAAUGAAAAACUCUAGUAAAUCUUUGCUUUUUCGAAACAGCAGUAUUACUAAUGAUCCUCCAGCAGCACUUGGAGAUGAUGUUUUGUGCAGCCCAAGCAUUUCAAGGCCUUCAUGUGAAAACUUAGAAAAUUCCAGUUCCACUAGUGGUAUACUGGGAAAAGAACUAAAAGUCGAUCUUGAUAGUGAUGAGGAAAAUGUGGAUUGUAGCCUGGAAAGUGAUGAGGAAGAUGUUGUAUUAAAACCACUGCAAGAAAUCAUGUCUUUGAAUUCCAUUCAACCUGAAACUCCAGAAAAACCUUUUGUUCUUUCAGAAAACCCUAGCACAUCAUCAUCAGAUGUUUCAGUAAGUGUUCGUUACCAGUGUUUUAAGAACAGCUUAGAGCGGCUAGCAAAGGAGAACGAAAAUCCUACAAGGUCAGAUGAAUGGGAAAAAGAACUAAAGGAAGAUUUGGUGAAAGGUCAGGGAAUGAAAUCUCUAAUUGAGACAGAAGAAUCAGAAAAUGCAAAUGAGAAGGGAGAACUCCAAGAAGAGCACAGGAAGUUUAUAAAGAAAUUCUUAAUUGCUCUUGAUGCUAUUCCUGAUUGCCAUCCUGGUGAAGAAAUAUUUCACUUUUCCGAUUAUGGGAAAAUUUUUAAUCAAUAUACAUUGGAUUUAAGGGACUGUAAUUUUGUUCCAAAGAAUGCUAUUGAACAUCUUAUCCUUAAAUCUGGAAUAACACAGCAAAUUUUUUUAACAACACAAGGAUAUCUCAGCACCGCCUAUCACUACAUCCAGUGUCCUAUACCUGUGUUAAAGUGGCUGUUUCAGAUGAUGUCAGUUCACACAGACCAUAUUGUUUCUAUACAGCUUUUGAAUACGUUGAUAGACAUAACAAUUAGAAGUGAUGCCACUAGUGGUUCAUCAGUUUGGCCUUGGAUCCCAUCACUCUCUGAUAUAGCAACUGUGUUUAUCAACAUGGGAGUUAGUUUUAAGUGUUUAUUUCCUGUGCAGAAUUUCCAGCCUGUCUUUAAUGAAAAUAUUUUCAAUUUUGAGGUACAAAGCAAAGCUGAAGAAAGAAAAAAUGAAGAUUCUAUAACAGAAACGGUUGUUUCAUGUCUUCCAGAAACUAACAUUUUAAAUGUAGUUAAGUUUAUAGGCUUGUGUACAGCUGGGUACCCAGAAGGUUACACAGAUCAAGAAAUAAUCUUGCUGCUUAUAAUGUUCUUGAAAAUGAGUUUGGAAAAGCACCUGAAACAGAUUGCACUAGUGGACUUUCAGAGUCUCCUGAUAAAUCUUUUGAAAAAUAUUAGAGAUUGGGAUACAAAGAUGCCUGAACUCUGUAUAGCUAUAAGUGAGCUGUCCACUCAUCAUCACAACCUUCUGUGGUUGGUGCAGUUUGUUCCUAAUUGGACAGAACGUGGAAGGCAGGUGAGACAGCAUCUUAGCCUACUGAUUAUUGCUAAAUUUCUGGACAAGAAACCGGAAGAUAUUCCAAGUGCCAGUGAUCUGCAGAUGUCUCUCCUUUGUCAAUACCUUAUAGAAAUGAAGCCUUCUGAUAUGUUAAAGAAAAUGAUAGCAAAGAAAACAGGUGAACAGCAGGAUAGCCUUACCAAAGACUGUUUAACUCUAGAUCUUGAGCAACAGGUAUAUUACCUGACUUAUGUGCUUCUUCACUUAGUCAGUGAAGUUAGUUCCUAUUCUUUCCCUUUUCAACGAAGGAAACAUUUGCUGAAGCUCUGUGAUUCUCUGGAGAAAUACAUAAAGUGUUGUAUCAGAGAAGAUGCAAGAUUUAUUCAUAGGACAAAGGUAAUAGAUUUAGUUGCUAUAAUACAUGGAAAAUGGCAAGAAAUGAUCCAAAAUUCUGAACCUAUUCAGGGAACGCUGUAUGAUUUCUGGGAACCAGAUUCUUAAUUGAAGUAGCUAAAAUGUUGACCCAAGAGAAAUUGAACAGGACAAGAACCUUUCCUGAAAAUGUAGAUAAUGUAAAUGCAGACUUACAUAGAGACAUUCCCAUGGGGAGACAAACAAAUCACAUGCCAUUUGAAUCCAGAUUAUGAGAGAAUGUAAAUUAUGAACGUUCAUUGGUUCAGUGGUUCCCUGAUCCCUUUACAGGAGAUGCUGAAGCUAGAACUUGUUUCCUGUUUUAGGAACAGAACAGUCUGAUAAUACAGUGUAUUAUGUAUGAAUGUACUUUAAAAAAAAAUUACCAUCAAAUCACUUGAUUUAGCUCGUCCUGACAAGUUACCCAAAGUCCUGAAUUGAAGUGCUAAGAAAUGUAAAUAGAUUUGCCAAGAUCAUGCCUGUUGCUGUCCCUUUGUAAAAGCGUGGGUUGUAAUUACUUAUAAGGUGUGUGGUCUUCAAAACAAUUCAGUGGACUUGAAAAUCACUGAUCUUCAUGUUGAAAGCGUUGGAAUGCUAACCUUUGGUUAAAGGAUAUGUUUCUGUUAAUGUCUGGGGAGCCAGAGGACCAUUGAAAAUAACAACCACUGACACUUUUAGUUUAAUUAAAAGGGUGUUUUUUAAACACCUCAAUGUUAUUUAUGAGUAUUUCCUAAAACUGAAGGCCAACUCAAAUUUUAAAAAAAAUUAUUAACUUGGGUGAUGCAGCUCUAUCCUGAGUGACUCUGAUGAAACAGAAUAAUCCAAACAAAAAAUCUGGGACACUAGACUUUUUUACAAAGAUUUUUUUGAAAAAUACUUGGUCCCUACAAAUGAAGGCAUGGGAGAAGAAAAGAUUUUCUGUUGAGAAUUACCAUUAGAAAAUUAGGUGGGUUAAGUGACUUGAAACCUUUAAGCAUUGAGGUAGUUAACAUUUCUGUGCCACAGAUUGAGUUCAGCCUUCUUUGUAGAUGCAG